AUGGCAUCGUUUGUAGUAAAUCUUCUUCUAUUAUUAUUCUUAACACCAUGUUAUAUGGCUUUUUGGUCAUCAUCAUCAUCAUCAUCAUCAUCAUCAUCAUCAUCAUCACAGAAUAGUCAGUUUCAUUAUACACAUAAUAAAAAACAAUUGAAUACGUUAUAUAAUAAACCAAUAAAAUCAAUUCAAGAAUAUAGUCGUCCAUUAGAAAUGCCUGGUGGAAACUUUUUAAAUAAAUUUGGUAUUAAUCAUCGGGGACAAGUAGUUACUUAUGAAGAUGGACAAAGAUUUUUGGCACAUAAAGGAAACAAUUUUGGCAAAAAUUCACAAACAGUAGCUGUUGACGCAAAAUAUAUGUCAAAGAAUUGGUCACCACGUGGACCAGCUGUAAAUGCUAAUCCUCAAAAACCUGUGAAUUUAGGUGAUAUAAUCAAGAGUGGUGGUGCCCAUUAUAAUCCUAUGUGCAAUAAUUGCAUACACGGUUCACAACGAAUGCAAGAACGCUUUCAAAAUGGAAAAUAA